AUGAGACAAAAGCGUGCCAAGGCCUAUAAGAAACAGAUGAGUGUGUAUGUACACGCAUUCAAGUUUAGAGAACCGUAUCAAAUAAUAGUGGACAAUGAACUCAUCACCACUUGUCAAUCCGCAUCAUUUGACAUCAACAAGGGGUUUACUCGAACUAUUCAAGCAGAAAACAAACCGAUGAUAACUCAAUGUUGCAUCCAGGCAUUAUAUGACACCAAGAAUCAACUAGCAAUAGAUAUUGCUAAAUCAUUUGAAAGAAGAAAAUGUAAUCAUCGUGAAGCCAUCGACCCUAGUCAAUGUAUUGAAUCAAUCGUUAAUAUUAAUGGACAAAACAAACAUCGAUAUAUUGUUGCUAGUCAAGAUUUGCAAUUGCGUAAAAAAUUACGAAAAAUUCCAGGGGUACCGUUGAUUUAUAUGAAUCGAUCGGUGAUGGUUAUGGAACCAAUUAGUGAUGUUAGUAAUCAAUAUAAUAUGAAUUAUGAAUCGAAGAAAUUGACAGGAGGAUUGAAUGAUAUUGAAGCUGGGAAAUUGGAUAAGCAAAAUGAAGGUGAAGAUAAGGAUGAACUGGAAGUUAAAAGAAAGAAAAGAAAAGGUCCUAAAGAACCAAACCCAUUAAGUGUUAAAAAGAAGAAAACUGGCAAUACAACUACCACUAAUACUCAACAUCAGAAAAAGAAAUCAAAUAGAAGAAAAAGACACAGCAAGUCAAAGGUAGAAGACAAGGAAGAACAACAAGAGGAGAAAGUGAAAGAAGCAACCAAUAAUGAAGAUACACAAGAGACCACAACGCCUGCUGAAUAA